AUGGGAGAAGAGGAAAGGCCUUUCCAGUCGGGCGCCAGAGUGGCUCCUGGGCGAUCGCUGGUCGUUCGGCUGGGCUGGGGGGGUCCGGAGGGCGGAGUGUCGACGAAAGGAGAUUUACAGGCACGCCGCUCCACGAAGCCUGUUGCACCAAGUCCAGCAGCGGUUCCGUCAGUGUCUUCUCGUGGGGGCCGCCGUGUCGUUGAUGCUGGAUCUCUAGCAAGGGGAAGAAAAAACGAUAUGCGUCUCGUCAGUGAAGUUCGUUUUUCGCUGGGGAAGUUCGAACUUGCAUCUUCGCGGGCGGUGGCUGUUUAG